CUUGGCCCAUGGGCAUCGGGCAGUGGGCAAGAGAACGGUGCUAAUUCACAACAAGGAACCUGCCGUAUCCUUUCACUAUGAAGUUUAUAACCUUCCAACACCUAAGCCUCUGCCUGUUCCUGGUGGGGAGGGCCAACGCUGAUGAAUAUGUAGAUCUGACGUAUGAUUUCGAUGACAAUACGAUGGCUCUACCUGGUGUCACUCCGUUUAAGUUGAAACAAGUGGAGAGAGGAUACACCUUGUCUGGUUACUGGCACGAAGCGAACAGUCUGGAGGUGGGCGAGCACGCGGGAACCCACCUGGACGCCCCCGCCCACGCCUCCGAGAAGGGGUGGGCCGUCGACCAGAUUCCUCUCGGCCACCUUGUCGCUCCGGGAGUCAAGAUCGACAUCCGAGAGAAAGCAGAGAACGACCCAACGGCAGAACUGACCUCCGAUGACCUCAUGGCCUGGCUGGACGACCACGGACCACUCCCAGACGGGGUCGUCGUCUUCGUCCACACGGGAUGGGGAAGCAGAUACGGCAACAAGACGGCCUAUUUUGGCACGGAUUCGAACGACACAUCCGAAUGGGCGUUUCCGGGAAUCAACCCCGGGGCGGCGCAGAUCCUGACGGGGUACGAGGCAGCCAUCGGUCCCCGUGUCGUGGGCGUGGGAAUCGACACGCCCUCCCUGGACCGCGGAGGAAUACCCGACCGCCUCACGCACGCCGAACUCUCCCAGAAAAACGUUUACGGGCUGGAAAACGUUGCUAAUCUUGACAGACUUCCAACCACAGGCUUCGAAGUGACCGUUUUGCCCAUGAGGGUCGCGGGGGGGAGCGGCGCCCCUGUGCGGAUCCUAGCCACCCUGCCCAGUGCCAGCGCCGCCCCUGCUACGCCCACUCUGCUGCCCCUGCUCCUGGCCGCUGGAUUGGCUGUGAGGGCGAGUAGGGGGUUGUAA